AUGCGAGACGGAGCAACUGCGCACUUGUUGUGGUUGUUGGCCGGGCAGCGGCGACGACAAGAACGGACCCGGCAUGUUGGCGGGCUUGCGGGGCCUGCGGGCUUUCCGAGGGCGCGCGCGGCGCGCGGCCGAGGGCACGCAGCGCUCACGUGCCUUUCACGUGCCUGCUCCCGUUUCUUUUUUCCCGCCUGCCCCCUCUCCGCCGCUCUCCGCCGCUCUUCCCCGCUCGAAGCCCGCUCUCCGCCGCGCACGCUGCCCCGUCGCCGGGUAACCGCGCCGAUUCCCAUGCAGUCAGCUCUUGCGGCCUGGCCUGGCCCGGCCGCCAUGCCACACGUUGGUCGAGCCAGAGUUCGACACUUACGUAGCGUCCAUUGCAGCACGCCCCACUGCAUCUUACAUUUCUGUUCUGCAUGGCCUACGCAGUCGCGAAUGGUACCCGCCGUGCUGACUGCACCAACUCCGACGUAUGAUUGCACAUCGCAAGAACGUCAACAGACGUCAUGCCUAAAUACGGUCGAUGGCCGUCAAAACAACCACAGAACCAUCAAUGGUAAUCAGCCGUUCCCGGGAAAGAUUACCACACGCCAGCUGCGGAAACGCAUCUGGCCGAAGUGCGAAAAGCGGUUGGGCUCGGGGUUUACCGGCCCAGUCAGCCGCGCGCGCAGCGAGGGCCUGCUUCUAGAACACUUAUUCGAGGCGCGAAGGAUCACGUCUGCGUAUAUUUUUGGGGUGGCGGAAGAUGCAGCUCGUGCAUGCAUAACACAGGCACGAGCUGCAGGCAUGCAUGCGUGCCUGAAUGGGCGCUGCAAAGCACACGCCAGCUGUUUGCAGGAGUCUCAGAUGGGUAGCUUUGAAAAGAUGCUGCCCUAG